AUGAAUAAUAAAGAGAAGUUAGCAAAGUAUAAAGAAAAAGUAAAUCAAGUCAUUUAAAAAAUGGUCUAUGAGCUUUUCAAACAUCAACCAGACAAUUAUGUAUGAAAAUUUUUAUAAAUUUAAAAAAAAGGUUGAUUGGAUGAUUGAAUACUUGUAAUUGACAAGAUUAAGCAAACAUUCAAGAGAAAGUUUGAUUGUUGAAUAUAAUGUAUCCUCUGAUGAAGAAGCAUUUGAGGAUAUUGAUCAAUUACCUUAACCUUCAGGAAAUACAAAAGUAUUUAGAAGUUCGGUAAGUGCAGAAGUGUUUGGUAUACAUAAUAAGAAAGAGAAUUUUUAACCUAGAGUUAUUUAAAAAACUGAAGAAUAAAAAAAGCAAAUUUAAGAAAAGCUUAUGAAAGUAUUUAUGUUUUAAGCACUUGGUGAGAAUGAAAAAAAAAUAGUUGUAGAUGCAAUGGAAGAAAAACAUUUUGGAUAAAAUGAAUGGGUAAUAAAGUAAGGAGAUGAUGGUAAUGAACUAUAUAUUGUAUUUUCUGGUGAAUUGAAUUGUUACAGAAAGAUGAAUUCUUAGGAUACAGAGCCAAAAUUCUUAAAAGAGUAUUCUGCUGGAGAUAUGUUUGGAGAAUUAGCACUUUUAUACAAUGCUCCUAGGGCUGCAUCUAUUUAAGCUAAAAAUGAUGCAGUUCUCUUUGCUUUAGAUAGAAGCACUUUUAAUAAUAUAGUAAAAGAUGCAACCAUUAAAAAAAGAGAAUAAUAUGAAGAAGUAUUAUCAAAGGUUGAAUUAUUAUAAUCAAUGGAUGCUUAUGAAAAGACUUAAGUUUGUGAUGGAUUAAAAGAGGCAAAUUAUAGUGCAGGAGAAAUCAUAAUAAGAGAAGGAGAAGAAGGAGACAAAUUCUAUAUGGUUGCUGAGGGAAAUCUGAUUGCUUAUAGGGAAGUGGAUGGGUAAUAGGAGGAAGUAUUACGAUAUAAGACAGGUGAUUAUUUUGGAGAAUUGGCUUUGAUUCAUAAAGUUCCAAGAUAAGCUACUGUAAAAGCUGAAGUAUAAUAUUAUAUCAACUAUAGACUGAUUGUAAUGUAGUCUAUCUUGAUAAUAAUUCAUUCAUUAGAUUGCUUGGUCCUGUUGCUAACAUUCUUAAAAGGAAUGCAGAAGCUUACAAAAAGUUUAUUAAAAAUUGAC